AUGACAAUAAUUUAUCAAGGUUUUGGCCUUCUGGCCAGUUCGCUUGUCGUGCUGUUCCUAUACAAAGUAACCUACGCUCGAAAAAAGUUCUCCAAUCUGCCCAAACCUCCCGAUACCCUUGUUUUCGGUCAUUGGUUGCUUCUCCUACGCGAAUGGAUGAGCUCCCCUAAGGACAUGUUCCCAGCCUACAUUCUAGAUGGGGUACGGCGAAAGUUUGACCUACCACCGAUCUUCUUCCUAGAUCUUUAUCCAAUGUUUCCUCCGGUGGUCGUUAUAAGUGACCCAAAAAUAGCCCGCAAGAUCACACUAGAAGAUAGAGCUCCUCGCUGCCCAGGCGUUUUCCAACCCCUAAAGCCGGCCGCAACUCGCAGGUGGAUCGAGACACUGUCACGCGACAAUUGGGUCAAGAACCAUGCCCUAUUCGGGGUAUCCUUUACAGCGGCCCAUUUCGUCCGCAUGAUUCCUCGUAUGUCGGAAGAUUUGGGACCCAUGGUACAAAUGCUGGUGCAAUACUCCCAAACCGGCCAGGUAUUCAAGAUGGAAAAAAUGGCCAAAUUGGCUAUUCUCGAAAUGACGGGGCGGGCCAUUUUCGCGAGGCAGCUAGGUACGUUCGCGGACCAUAGUGAAUGGAGUGCCGCCUACGAUGGAGCCGUGAGUUUUAUCUCCGCGGCCAGGAAUCCUUUCAAACGCCCUUUCAUAAUGGGAAAGUGGAGGAAACGAUGUCAGGUCUUCCAUGCAUUGAUCAGGGAGGAGAUCUGUGCAUGCUUCCGGGAACAGACCAGCAAAGUGCGACCGAAGCCAUCGCUUCUACAUUCGUCAUUUACAGCGUACCUGGGAGACAAGUUACCACAGUUCUUGUCAAGUCCAUGCCAGAAUGGAGAAAUGUCGGAGGAAUAUGUACAGGAAUUGGUCUCCAGCUGUGCUGGCGCUUUUCUGGCAGCUGUUAGUGGGAGUGCUGCUCUGUCGUACUGCCUCAUGCUUUUACAUCAGCAUCCCAAUAUCGCACGCCGUGUACAAGCAGAACAUGACGACAUUUUCAGCUCGGAUAGAAACAUUACCUUGCAGUUGCUGAAGACGAAUCCCGAGCGAUUAAACCAACUGGUAUUCACGCUCGCCGUGGUCAAAGAAACACUUCGCCUGUUUUCCAUGGGGGUGAUUCUCAGGCAACCAAGCAGCGAUACUGUUAUAUCGAAUGAUGGCCAGAUAUACUCUCUCCGGGGCCAUAUCGUCGUUCUGUUCCAUACCGCGAUGCACCGCCGGCCUGAUCUUUUUCCUGAGCCUGACAAAUUCGAUCCGGACCGUUUCAUGCCUGGCUCAAGACCAAAAGUACCUUCUGACGCUUGGAGGCCGUUUGAGAAAGGUCGGGGAAACUGUACUGGGCAGGAGCUGGCGCUCGUCCAGCUCAAAUUGGUACUACUCCUGGUUGUCCGGGAGUUUGAUUUUGAAUUGGCAUAUGAAUCCCGGUCUAGUAGAGGACCGGACAUUUACGGUGGUCCCGCCUAUGUUACUCUGAGCGGCACGGGGCCAGGGCCUGCAGGUGGUAUGCCCAUGCGUGUUGUUCAGCGUUCGGAGUUGGGUCCUAGAUAG